AUGGAGCCUGGCUGUGGCCGUGACUGCUCCGCCAGCUCCGGGGCUCCACAGGCGGCGUGUAUGCGAGAGGAGACCCCGGGGAAAGAGGGCAGUGGUACGGUGUCCAAGCGGAGGGAGGAGGUGAGCCAAGCCGGGCAGGAAGAGGAGGAGGCGCGGGGUGGAGAGCCGCCGAAGACCGCCGACGAAGAGGGCAAAUAUGAGGAGGAGCUGGACCCCAGGAUACAGGAGGAGUUGGAGCACCUGAACCAGGCCAGUGAUGAGAUCAACAAACUUGAGCUGCAGCUGGAUGACGCACGCUCCAGUUACAGGAGGAUCCUAACAGACUCGGCACGGAAGCUGAACGCUCAAGGCUCUGCGCUGGGAGCCUGCAUCGAGAAAGCACGGCCCUACUACGAGGCCCGCAGACUGGCCAAGGAGGCUCAGCAAGAGACCCAGAAAGCGGCUCUCCGGUACGAGCGAGCGGUGUCCAUGCACUCUGCGGCGCGGGAGAUGGUGUACGUGGCGGAGCAGGGGCUGCUGGCCGACCGCAACACUCUGGACCCCACAUGGCAGGAGAUGCUCAACCACGCCACCGCCAAGGUGAACGAGGCAGAGGAGGAGCGUCUGCGCAGUGAGAGGGAGCACCAGAGGGUCACACAGCUCUGUCAGGAGGCAGAGGCCAGGGUCCAGACGCUGCAGAAGGUCCUGAAGAAGGUCAUCCUCAAGUCCAAACCCUACUUUGAACUCAAGGCCCAGUUCAACCACAUCCUGGAGGAGCACAAGGCUAAAGUGGUGCUGCUGGAGGGGCAGGUGUCUAAAGUGAAGACGCGAUACUCUGUGGCCCUCAGGAACCUGGAGCAGAUCAGCGAGCAGAUCCACGCUCAGAGAGGGCGCAUGGCCAAGAGCCGGGGGGGGCACCUGAUGUGUGGGGGCCGCAGCUCUCCUGUGGGGGCCGAGGCAGAGGUCCGGGCCAGCGUCAGUGUGCAGGUGGGAGAAGCCAACAGCGACUGGGCGCAGCAGUGGGUGGAGCGUCACCGUCAGAGCGGCUGGGGGGCGGAGGAGGCGGGCUCUGAGGGUCCCGAGGGCUCCGACCGCCUGUCCGUCAUCAGCCUGCAGACCAUCGCCUCAGACCUGGAGAAGUGCGACUCCGUGGAGCACCUGGGCGACAUGAGCGACUGUGGGAGCACGCGCGGGGACCGGAGAGUGCGCGCCCGGCCCCUCAGCACCCUGGUGGAGGUGCAGGGGCCAGCACACAAGGGCCCCGCGGAGCCGCCCGUCCAGGUCAGGAGGGAGAAGAGAGAGCGCUUCGUCAAGCAGCAUCACAGGAGCCUCAGCCUAUAG